AUGGACAAGCAACGAGUCUUCCUGACCGGUGAUCCUUGUGAUCUCUACCAUUUUGACUCGGACCUCGAUUUGUGGAAAAGUACAACAGCGACCUCUAGUGAUGUCGAAUCACCUAGCCGAAAGCUAGUCGAUGCAUUUGACGACAUGAUGAUCAUCUGGGAAGAGGUGUACCUAAACCUCUAUUCUGCGCGGGCGACCGCAGCAGGGGCCGUGAACUCGUCAACUCAGGUGAUAAACCUCUUGAAGCGUUUGAGCGAUUGGAGAAGUCGUCACUCGAGGAAAAUGGAGACCAGGUCAGCUCGAGGCUCAUACAACGAAAAGCUCACUGCACCGAACAUGACCCAUACUCUAUACGAUCAUAAUAUCGACGAGUUUUCCUUUAUGAGAUUGGAGCUGGCAUAUUGCUAUCACGUCACCCACGUCCUGAUCCUACGGUGCAGUCGAAGGAGAGACCAGCAAGCCCAAGCGGUAUUGUUGAGCCAUGCACGCAGUUGCCUACGGGUGAUCGUGGAGAUGAGCAAGAUGAGGGAUGACAUUCCAAACCACUUGGCCAAAGCAAGAUUGGCGUCACUGGGGCGGGUCUUGCGGACCUACCCUGUGGCUGCAUUUAUCGAUCUUGUUGCUUUCCAUUUGGACGAGAUGAUCUCGAGCGACGGAGCACCCAAUAGCAACUUGGAAAGCAGCGAGUUGCAGGAUGUUGAGGCCGAUAUUGAGCUGAUGAAUGCUGUGUUGCAUACUCUGCACUGUCUCCAGCAUGUCAACCGCAAGAGCACCUACCUCAACCGCCUCCGGCUGGGAUUAGAAUGGGCGACGCGGGUCGUUAUGGAGAUGAGGAGGGUUGUGCUGCGGGAAACGCUGACAGCCGACCCGUUGCUUACACUCGAAAACAGCAGCACCGGUGAUUUCCCCGGUGACGAAUCGGGAUCGACUUGGAAUACCUCCUCCGUUUUGCAACAGCAGCAACAACCCUACAACCAGGGCCACCAAGAACGACAGCAAGAAAUGCUCUUCCCGAGCUCAGAAGAUAUUAUGGAUGUGGACAUGAGCAUCCCUCCAUCUGCUCAGCUACACGCGCACAUGGGCCAGGGCUUCCCACCCUCUGCAUCUGGGCUAGUUGGCGAAAAUACUGCCAGGACAACGGAUGCACGUCUAGGGGACAAUUGGUCAGCUACCCCACAUCUCAAUGAAGUCACAGGUGACGCUGGAUGGAAGGGACCGAUGCCUCGAAAGGUCUCAGAAGGGUGUGCUUUCUACGGACUCAAGGGCUGGCAAGACUUUUUCUUGCAGAGUCAUGAAACAUCUCGUGAAAGAGACUGA